GGAACAAUGGAAAAUCGGAGGCUCGAUAUUUUGCACCUUUUCUCGAGUCAUAAACAACACGUUUGUGGUGAACGAUUUUCCUUCUUACCUUUCAGGACGUCCAAAACUGUCGUACCGUUUUUGGAAACUGUGCCGCCGACUGCGUUGCUCUAUUUUGGAACACGUGACGCCAUGCAACUGAUGGAACGCGGUCAACAACGGCUCUACACAGACAUUCAUCCUGGCCCUCACCCGGACCAUGAUCUUAUUACACUACAUCGCCAUGGUCAUGCGUUUGGAGGUCUACCGUGGUUAUUCUGGAUCAGCCUUGGGCUGUUGAUAACGCUCUUCCACUUAUUCUUUUGCAAGAUUAUCUACAACGAACUGUGGAAAGAGAACUCAGACACCGAAGACAAAUGGCAUCUUCCAAGGUUUGCAACUGAUUUACGAACGCCGGAAUCUAUUAAAGCGCGACCUGAUACUGUACAUGAGGUAACCAUUUUACAAAGUAUGGGGUGA